AUGGACGGAUGCUCGCUCAGUGCUGCUGCUCGCGAAGGUGAUGCUGUAGCUGGGUUGGUGCUGCAGCUGCUGGUGGUGCUGCAGCUAGCGACUACAUCAACCUCCUCUCACAGUCAAGAGUCCCCCGUAGCCUCUCCACCCGCCCAGGAGUCGUCAGUAGCCUCUCCACCCACCCAGGAGUCCUCAGUAGCCUCUCCACCCGCCCAGGAGUCGUCAGUAGCCUCUCCACCCACCCAGGAGUCGUCAGUAGCCUCUCCACCCACCCAGGAGUCCUCAGUAGCCUCUCCACCCACCCAGGAGUCGUCAGUAGCCUCUCCACCCACCCAGGAGUCGUCAGUAGCCUCUCCACCCACGAGUCGUCAGUAG